UUCUGGAUUACAUUUUCCUGAAAAGACAACAGAAAUACCUACUUUAUUUAAACAUGUCUGUCUAUCAGAAAAUAAUGUAGCCAAGCGAAUCAGCACAAAGGUCAGUUACGUGCAUAACCUCUAUGGCCCUUAGAAAGACUGCAGUCUCACCUGUGUGCUGACGUCAAAACAAACAAUAAAUAGACUUGUACCCAUUGUCAGAUGGGUCCAGCAAACUUUAAGUAAAUCAUGAUCAUCUAAAAACAGGCGAGUAGCUCCGGGUGUAUGGCAGCUUUGGUGUUGUUAAAGACGUGACAAGUGUAGUAGCCGCACAAUCAGCCCCAAGCCCGCUCCUAACCCCCCCAACAGUGACAGAGGGGCGACGGGCCACCUGACAGCAAUAAUACUCCACAUAUUAUAUAUGAAACCCAACUCACCUUGUGAUCGAACACGGGAACAAAACACGCGACCGUAUCAGACCGCCGGACGCCCCCGACAAUGUGAAGCUUCGAGCCGCCAUGGAAAGUAUACAGAGGACGCUCAUGUGCAAUAUAAUGUCACUUUACCUUUUCUUUAGAGAGGCAACCUAUUGAGGUAGAAAGUGGAGAAAGUUGGUGUUGGUGGCUAGCUAGCUGACGCUAGCCACCAACAUGGUCUAAACCAGAUUUAACAGAUGACAGCAAGCAUGUGAGUCAUUUUGUCGAUACUAGCUAGUUAGCUAACGUUUACGUUUGGUGUAGCUAGGAUGCUAACCAACUGUGCAACCACCGUUUCUAAAACAGAGAAAUCCAUAGCAUGCUAACUCAGUCAGCCCAGUGAAGCCUAUGCACUUUCACUUAACAUUUACAGCUAUCGUAGCACUGACUGCAUUCCCUACGGAAUAUAGCUAGUCUCUCUGAAAAGCAAGUCUUGCCAAUGUAUGACAAUCUGUUUGAUAUGAUCUUCUUGCAGGUUAGAUAACCUUCCUGAAAUGUGUGGAAGAUUUGUUGACUCCGGAAGUGAUUGACGGCAUGCUCUUUCGUGUGUUCAUAUUUGCGCAGAUACUGCGCAUGCCACAUGGAUGUUCUAUCAAUAAUCAGUUAGGCUUCAGCAUUUGAGUCAUGCAGAUGUAUAGUUUCUGCAUAAUUCUGCGGAUUUAUUUUUGGGAUAGUGCAGCCUAAUGUUUUAUUUUUUAGUGUGUUGGAUAGGAUAUCAUUGUGGUGAGCUGGUCUUGAGUUCAGUCUAACGUUACCUAGCUAGUCUUUCUCGCAAAAUUCAAAGAAAGGGGAACGUGUCGACGGAGAUACUCAAGUUCACACGAUGAAUAACAAACCUGGGAAAGGGCAAAGCAACACAACCAAGAGGACUAUACAGUCUAACACUAAUGGGGUUACUUUCAACUCCAUCCGAAUAAAAAAAGAACCAGGAGACUUUGAACGGAAGGAAAUUGGUGACCAUUCCAAACGUCCUUUGCUGGAGAAGCAAAAGCACGUCAAGCAACAUCAAACUACGUCCAACCAAGCGACCCGGUAUAGCAAGAUAUCGAGGAGUCCUGUGGUGAUACUAACAAAAUUGUCCAACGUGGUGCUUAAGACUCUUCUGAGAGAAACUAAAGUGCGUUUGGUGAAGGAGGAGACAGAUGCCAGGAGGGAUGAAGACAACAGUGAAGUCUCUUCUCCGCAGUUCUUUCCUUGUCCACACUGCACCAUCUCCUUCACUGACUGUUACUUCCUGGAGAACCACAUCAAGACCAAACACCAGAAGCAGUACCUGGCCAUGUUGAAAAGCCACGUCUCAAAGAGUAAAACCGUGUACGCCCCCACACACAGCUGUCCCCAGUGCAGCUGCAUGUUCCAUACCCCACGACAGCUACACAUCCACACCCGCCAGGCCCACCCCUCCGCCCUUCCCCAGAAACCUGUCCGUCCCCCCAGGGUUCCGGGGAAACUCCACCCCUGCCCGCAGUGUGCCCGUAGAUUCCCGUACCUGGGAACCCUGCUGAAGCACUGCAAGAAUUUGCACAAAAUGGCUGUUUUUCGCACCGAUGGUCACAUCAGUUGUGCUGACUGUGGGAAGAGCUUUGAAAAUUGCUGGGGACUAGGGCCACACCGGUGUCAAGAACCAGAGGGCACUAAACCUAAGGACACUAAGACUGUGGUCUGUCUGGAAGUCGGCUUCCAUUGCUCAGAGUGUGGGAAGAUCCUCAGUACUCCUACGAGCCUGGACACUCACAUGCGCAUCCACACUGGAGAGAAGCCGUACGAAUGUAAGGAGUGCGGCAAGCGCUUCUCAGAGAACAGCGGUUACCGUUAUCACUCGUUAAUACACUCGGGGCUCAAGCCGUUCAAAUGCCAGGACUGCGGGAAGACUUUCAAACGGAAGUCGCUCCUCUGGACUCACAUGUCGGUUCACACUGGUGAGCGGAAGUUCUCCUGCACCCAAUGCGAUAAGCGGUAUGCAAGCAGGGCCCAUCUGAAGCUUCACCUGCGAACACACUCGGGGGAGAGACCUUUCAAAUGCACCGUUUGUGGUAAAGACUUUGCUGACAAAGCUUAUCUGAAAACACACCUGAAGAUCCACAGCAACGAGAAGAACUACCACUGUGGGGUUUGUGGGCGGGCGUUCUUGAGGCUGGGGUUGUUGAAGUUACACAUGCGCUCACAUACCGGGGAGAGGCCCUACCACUGCACAGUGUGCGACAAGAAGUUUUUUCGACUCUCACACCUGAAGAACCAUCACCUGACUCACACGGGUGAGAAACCAUACACCUGUACCGAGUGCAGUAAAAGCUUCACUCAGUCUGGGGAUCUGUCCAAGCACAAGCUCCUACACACUGGGGAGAAGCCAUUUGAAUGCCCUGAAUGCCCCAGCCGGUUUAACCGUUCUGGUUCUCUGUCCAGUCACAUGAGGACCCACACUCACCGUGAUAUAAAGCCAUACUCCUGCCAAGAAUGUGGGAAGAGCUUUUAUGAACAGAGUCACGUCAAAGUCCACAUGAAGACCCACACAGGGGAGAGACCGUAUCCCUGCCCCCACUGCCUUUUCAGCUUCACUCGGAAAGCACAUCUCUCCAAACACCUGCCUAGAUGUCGUAAAUGAUCAUGGUUGGCAUUUUUUAUGACAGCUUUUUUAUUAUGAAAUUCAUUGUAUUCAUAGGAAUCACUUUUAGAUGAAUCCACCACAGUGAAACAAUAACGUUAUAUAGUCAUGGAAUACAUUGAAACAUUAUUAUACUGAGCAAAAAUAUAAACGCAUCAUGUACAGUGUUGGUCCAAUGUUUCGUGGGCUGAAAUAAAAUAUCCCAGAAAUGUUCCAUACGCACAAAAAGCUUAUUGCUCACAAAUUUGUUUACAUCC